GGAGUGGCCGGAAGGAGGAGAGCCAGAGGAGAGCAAAGAAGAAAGAGGAGGAGGAGUAGGACAAAGAGGUCGACCAGCUCUACACGAAUCAGGAUUUUCCUCAUUAUCGCCAGAGCAUCCUUCCAUUUACAGCAGCAGCAUGGCCGAGGGCUCAGUGAGUGCAGCGGAGGUGGAGACCGCCUUCCAGAAGUUUGCAGUCCACGGGGACACCAAGGCCACGGGGAAGGAGAUGAACGGCAAGAACUUUGCAAAGCUCUGCAAAGACUGCCACGUCAUCGACGGAAAGAACGUCACCACCAUAGACGUGGACAUAGUUUUCAGCAAAGUCAAGGCGAAGUCAGCUCGUGUAAUCACAUUUGAGCAAUUCAACCAGGCCCUGACGGAACUGGCUCCCAAGCGUUUUAAAGGCAAAAGCAAGGAGGAGGCGCAGCAACAGCUCUAUGGUCUCAUUGUUGGGAGGGAGCCGACCAAUGUCGGAAUCACUAAAGUAGCAAAGGCAGCAGCAGUGGACAGACUGACUGAUAGCACCAAGUACACUGGAUCGCACAAGGGCCGGUUCGAUGAUUCCGGCAAAGGAAAAGGGAAGUCCGGGCGCGAGGACAUCCCGGACACGAGUGGCUACGUGUCCGCGUACAAGGGCAGCGGCACUUAUGAUGACAAAGUUAAAGACGCAUAAUUCUGAAAGUUUAGGAAAACUUGAAUCAGGGGUAAAAUAAAUAAUUGGCAAGUGUAUUUUUAAAGAUGAAAGAAAUAUACAUAUUGAAUGUACUAUGGGCGGAUUCAUAACACUCAACACAAAAAAGAAAAUGCAAUUGGAGCUUCAAGGUUUUCUUAAGUUACAACCAGGAUGGGAAACCUGGAGACAAUAUUUCCUAAAUUUAUAUUUAAAAGAAAUUAAUUUAUUGACCGACAAUAACAACUGAGAGUGUUCUGAAAAUAUUUUCAGUUAUUUUACCAAGAGAUAAAACUGCACUUGUGGCCGAGCAAUCUUCUAAAUGCUUUACACCGUAGCUUAACACUAUCCCUAUAUAUUGAUUUAUAUGCGUGUGAAUGCAUUAAUAUAAUGAGCUGCUUUUCUCAGCUAAAUCGAUGCAAUGGGUAAAAAUGUAGCUGGUUUCAAGAAAUGAUGCUGUCUGUACUCAGUGCUUCACUUGCUAAGCUUUAUGUCUCAGUGCCUUUUGCUACAUUGCCAAUCAGAGCCCUUUAUUGUUCUAGUUACUGGAUUCAUUCAUAUAAGUGAAUCAAACUAUGUUUUGUGAACAAAUGUAACAAGAAGUGAAGAAGACAGAUUUUGACUCUACUGGAAAAAAUUUAAGAUAAGAAAUAAAAAUGGUAUAAGAGUAUCCUAUCUUUUCCCUAUUGAUAAAAUCAUGUAAUUUUGUUUAAAUGAAUAAAGAUCAUUCCUUCACUGCCUGAAUGAAAGGCUAAGGUGAAUACAUGUAAAAGCUUGAA